AUGCGAGUUCCCACAUCAUACAGUUACUGGUCUAGGUUCCUCCUCCCGCUCCCCCCUCCCCCCGCCACCGCCGGCCGCCCUCCCCUCCCGCCGCCUUCGGCCGCCGGCCGCGCGCGUCGCGCCCCUCCUCCCCCUCCCCCCUCGUCCUCCGCCCCCCUGUCCGCUCGCGCGACCCCCGCGGGCGUCGGGUGCAUCCUCCUCUCCUCCGGCCCCACCUCCCCGUCCUUCUCCCCCAGUCGCCGCCGGCGGGGGCGGGCCGUUCUUUCCCCACGCGCGCUUGGGGAGGCGCGGGGGCCUCCUGAUGGCGGCGGUGCGGCUCAGUGGCGGGCCUCGGGGUUCUCGGUGCGACGGCGCGGCCGUUGGUCGCGGGACGGUGUGGCGGUGCUGGUGGCCGGCGGCGCCCGUGCGGCCCAGAUCUGGGCCCUUUCGGGCUCCAUCUGGGCUAGGGCGGGCCGGUGGCUCGGUGCGCGGCGACGCUGCUCCCUGGUUGGUGGCAAGGAGGCGGUGGCGGCUUCGUCGACCGGCGAGCUGCAGCUUGACGGCAGGACCCUUUGGGUCCGGCCGGGCCUCGGCGCCUGGCAGGCCCCUUGUCUGUGCGUCCGAUCGGCUCCGCGGCGGUGGUGGUUGUCCCCUCACGUCGGCGAUGUUGUGGAUGCCCCUGAGGCCACUAGCACUAUGAUUCCUCUGGGGUGGUGGUUGGGGUUUGGGUUGGGAGAAAUCUCUGGCGGCUCGUCCGGCCCUGAUGCGGCGACGCCUGUGGGUGCCGCCAGACCUUCCUGA